AUGGCGCGUCGCACAUCGGGGUUCCUCGACGAGGGGUCCGACUCGGGCGACGACGUGCCGUCGAGCGGUGACGAGCGCCAGCCCCGGCGUGCGCCGGGAUUUGUGCCUGCAUCGAAGGAGGCGGCGGGAUUUGUACCCGCUUCCAAAAAGGCGCCGUCGUUUGUGAGCGCAGGCCAGGCGCCGAACAAGGACAGCGACGAGGCGCACGACGGCGCGAGCGAUGGCGAGGCGCACGACGGCGCGAGCGACGACGAUGCGCCGGUCUCGUUUGCACGCCGCUCGCUCGGUGCGGGCCUCGGCGCCAAGCUCGCCGCCACGCGUGAACGCGAGCAAAAAGCCGCGGCGCCAACACCAACCGACCCCGCCGUGCCGCUCUCGCGCACGUCGGGCUCGGGCGGAUUCGACCCGUCGGCGUACCUGCGCCAGAUGGGAUGGACGGGCGGUGGCCUCGGAAAAGGGGGCGAGGGUAUGGUGAACCCCAUCGAGGUGCAGCUGCGCCCGAACCGCGCGGGUGUCGCAUUCGGCGGCCGCCGCGAAAUGACCAAGCAGGAGCGCACCGAAGAGCGCCGCCGCACCGGCGCGCCCGCCUCGAGCGACGACGAGGCGCAGGACGAGCCGGCGCAUGUCAAGUCGUCGGCGUGGAAGAAAAAGGCCAAGCAAAAGAAACCCUCGGUGGUGUACCGUACCUAUGAGGAGAUUGUCGCCGACGCCGCGGCGCACGGCGCAACAGGGCCGGUGCUCGACGCGAGCGGCCGCGAGUUUGAGUCGGUCUCGGCGGCACUUGCGCAGCACGCCGUGCCGACAAGCGAGAGCGCGCAGCUCCCUGAGCUCCGUCAUAACCUGCGCCUCUUGUGCGACAGCAGCCGCGACUCGCUCCAGAAACUCGCGCGCGACGGCGCCGCGCACCUCGACCGCGCGCGGUGGCUGCAGCGUGACGCAGAGGAAGCGAGCCGCCGCGUCGAGCGCCUUGCCGAAGAAAAGGGCGUCCUUGUAUCCAUUCUCGACGCCGUGACGCAGCUGAGCAAGGCGGCGCAGACGGCCGCGGCGCUCGACGACCUCGCGCCGUACGUCGACCGGCUCCUCGCUGCGCAGACGCCGGCGAUGGCCGCGCUUGGGCUCGACGAGGCCGUGGCCGGGGCCAUGGUCCCGGCGCUGCGUCGCGAGCUGGCCGACUGGGACCCCUUGGCCGCGCCCCACCAGUGUGCGGCGCGCAUCGCGCAGUGGCUCCCGAUCCUCACGGCGCCCAAGCCCGGUGUCAUGACGCCGUUCGAGAGCGUGUUGUGGAAUGUGUGGAUGCCCAAGAUCCGGUACGCCUUUACCGCCGAGUGGGACGCUGCAGACCCCGCGCCUGCGAUUGCGCUGGUCGAGGCGUGGAAGGAUAUCCUCCCCCUCUUUUUGCUGGAAAACAUCCUGGAGCAGCUCGUGAUUCCCAAGCUGCAGCGCGCUGUGCGCGAGUGGACGCCCCGCCGGAGCCGUGUGGGGCUGCAUGUGCUCCUCCUGCCGUGGCUCCCGCUGUGCGAGCGGCGCCUGGAUACGGUGCUUGCCGAGGCGCGGCAGCAGUGGCGCAGCGCGCUGACCGCGUGGCGCGUCGCCGACGGCAUUCCCGCCGAGCUCGUGUACUGGAAGCCCGUCUUUCCGUCCAAAGACUGGGAGGCGCUGCUGCUCGACAAGGUUGUGCCUGCGCUCUCCAAAGCGCUGCGCACGCAGUUUGUCGUGAACCCCGCGAGCCAGGAUAUGUCGGUCCUCGAAAAGGUCCUGCCGUGGCACGCCGUGCUGCGCGAGAGCGUCAUGAGCCGCCUGCUCGAGGUCGAGUUCGGCACGCCGUUCCUCCGCACGCUGCACCAGUGGCUCACGCAGCCCGACGUGCGCCUCGACGAGGUCGCCGCGUGGUACGCCUUCUGGCGCUCGUGGCUCCCGUCCGAGAUUGUGGCGCUGCCCGGGAUGGCGACGGUGCUCAUGCGUGCGCUGCGCCUCAUGAACCAGGCCGUGGACCUUGGCGCGGAGCGCACGCGCCUCCCGAUGCCCGACACGACGCCGAUCCCCCGCGCCGAAGUCAAAGAGGCACGCAAGGCGCCGCAGGCCCCUCCGCCGACGCUCGAGGACGUCGCCUUCCGCACGCUCGUCGACGAGCACGCGCGGCAGCGCGACCUGUUUAUCCUGCCGCAGAACAAGCUCGAGCCGCGCACCGGCCUUGCGCUCCUGCGUGCCGCCGCGAACAUCGACGGCAAACACGGCGUGUCGUUCUACAUUGACGACGACGUGCUCUUUGUCGCAGAGCGCGACGAAUACGUGCCGGUGAGCCUCACCGCGCUGCUCGACCGCGCUGCAGCGAGCUAG